CUCAGGACGGCUGCAGUUAAGAACGAAUAUGUUGUCGACUACCAGUGAGUAGCGAAUCAUGGCGACGUUCGGUUCUACAGGCGCCGCGUUGUCUCGGUUGCUGAUCGUUCUGGCGUGCGCGACAAUCGGAAUGAGUUUUCACGGUGGCAGUAACACUUCGGCACCGUUUUUGAUUGACGAAGAGGACGGUCUGCUGACAGUGCCCCAGCUGAUUCGGAAGUACGGCUACUUAGUAGAGGAGCACCAAGUGCGGACAGAGGAUGGUUAUCUACUGGCGAUGUACAGAAUUCCGCCUCGACGAGUUUCUCGCAAACAUCCGGUGUUUAUGUGGCACUCACUGUUCAGUUCCUGUGUCGACUGGGUUUUGAUUGGAAGGAAGCACGGUUUGGCAUAUUUACUAGCGGAUCGAGACUACGAUAUUUGGAUGGGAAAUGCUCGCGGUAAUCGCUAUUCACGGAAACAUGAACGCCUUAGUGUCAGUUCUGCGAAGUUCUGGGACUUUUCAUUUCAUGAAAUUGGAUACUAUGACAUCCCAGCGUUGGUUGAUUAUAUCCUGAAGCAAACGGAAGCAGCACGAGUGCAUUUUGUCGGUUUUUCGCAGGGCGCAAUGACGAGCUUCAUUGCAAUGGCCGAGCGACCCGGUUUCACCGAUAAAGUGAUCGAGUUUCAGGCACUUUCACCAGCCGUAUAUAUGUACCGCUCGCCAAGUGUUUUCAUCAAUAUCCUGGCUGCGUCCGCGGACCAAAUUGCGAAAGCUCUAGGCGCUGUACAGCAGUACGAAUUUAACCCGUACUUUGAAAAACAGUACUUCUUCUUUCAAUGGUUAUGUUCGGCGUCAAAGCAGAAAAUUUGUCGAGUUUUAAUUUACGACGUGGUCGGUCCCAAUCCCGAUCAACUAGACUCGAAAGUGCUGCGAAUAUUUUUUGGACACUUUCCAGCCGGAGCUUCCGCGAAGCAGGUGCAGCAUUAUGCGCAAAUAAUUCGGGACGGCAUUUUCCGACAGUACGAUUACGGUGAUCCGCAAAUAAACUACAAACGCUACGGUAGCCACACGGUUCCACGAUACAAUUUGUCACGUGCAGCGGCCCCAGUUAGAACCUACUAUGGCUACAACGAUAACACCGUUAACUAUCUAAACGUCCUGCAGCUGGAGCAGGAAAUUCCGUACGUUGUGAGCAGUUAUCCGGUCCCGGAUAAACGCUUUAGUCAUAUCGAUUUCAUUCUGGCCAGCAACGUCAAGGAGCUACUUUACGAUGAAGUGGUACGUAAUGUGGAGAAAGCUGAGCAGAGAGCUACUACUCAAAAUAAAUGAGAUUUUAUCAAUUAAAACGUACAGGAUUAACCGGUGAUCUAGUGAUUUUACAGUUUUCGAGUGGAAACAGGUGCGGUAAGCUCACGGCCAGACCGAAUCUGUGCGCGCCCCGGACUGCAUUAAGCUUAAAAUGCACCUGUCUGUAACGCUAAUAACAGUUUCACGCCGGUUGGUGUUUUGUAGGGGCAGUUACCUCUUAUCUCUAGCAGUCGCUACGAUGCAAGCAAUAAGAAUCUCUCCUUCACCUUUCUGAGUUACCCUCUUUACUUAUAACAGAAAAAUAGUCACAACUUGCCCGAUAAGAACGUUUUGUCCCGCGAAUUGAUCAUUAGCUCUCCCUCUCUCGGAUUACGUUUUGAUACAACACUUAACACGCAACGGUUUACUUAUCAUUCAGUAAAACAUAUCAGAAUCUAAUUCGAAUUGACCCAAAACCAAAGAACGCCCCCCGCUCAACAAGUGACGCAUAGCAUUAAUUGGUAUAUACUAGCAGUGCGCUACCGAUUACGCCUUCAUGCGGUUCACUGUCGCACUGGGUUACAAAAAUCGCGGUCAAGCAU